AUGUUCAUGUCAUGUCCUGUAACGCGUAGUGAUGGACUUACAGCACAAGAGUCUCAAGGACGAGAAAUAUCGCCUCGUAGUCCUGUGAUCCCUCUGGUUAAUGAGCCUCAGUCGUCUUUCUCUACUGUUAAGUCGGAGGCUACAUGGACUGCCGCCUCAGAUCGCAGUUUCCGCUCAGUCGUUCCAGCUGCUGUUCGUUCAGCCUUGGCCUCGAAAAAAGGCGUUGUCGCUCUGGAAAGUACAGUAAUCACUCAUGGUUUACCAUAUCCCAAUAAUCUGGAGACAGCUCAAUUGUUGGAGGAUACUGUACGAAGCGAAGGUAGUGUGCCGGCUACCAUAGCUCUUCUCGACGGAAAGGUUCAUAUUGGUCUCUCAAGUGAUCAACUAGCCAACGUCGCAGAGUCUAAGGAGGCGGUGAAGGUGUCACGUAGGGACAUAGCCUAUGCUCUCAAUAAGAAACUGAUUGGAGGAACUACGGUAGCUGCCACCAUGUAUUUGGCAAAUAUGGCCGGAAUUCGAAUAUUUGCAACUGGUGGUAUCGGCGGUGUCCACAGAGGAGUCGACCAAACACUGGACAUCUCAGCUGACCUGAUCGAGCUAAUGCGUACACCUGUGACUGUGGUCUGUGCAGGAGUGAAGAGCAUCCUGGACAUUCCGAAAACUGUUGAAUUCCUCGAAACGCAUUCGGUCAAUUGCAUAGUUUUUGGCAAACGCAACGUCUUUCCUGGCUUUUUCACACAAGAAUCGCAAGCGAUGGGGCAAUACUGCACCGAAGAUCUCAGUGACGUCGUCAGAAGCAUAGAGAUAUCCGACGCCUUGAGACUGGAAGCAGGUACCGUUCUCGCGUGUCCUAUUCCGGAAGCGCUCCAAGGCGAUGGAAGAAGUAUCGAAAACGCUAUUCAGGAGGCACUGAAUGAGGCCAAGUCUAAGAACAUUGUUUCCAAAGAAGUUACACCAUUUUUGCUGUCACGAGUGAAUCAGCUGACCGCC